AUGGGCUGUCCUCAUCCGAUUAUCCUUGGGGCCCUUCAGUCGGCAGAUGACGGCCCUCAGGAGCUGCAGCUCCUUGCGUCCCCACUGAUCCCAUCGGAAGGGUCAGUGGGAGCCACAGUGUCGCCGCUGGUGUCUUCUGGGGCCAGCGAAGCCGACAGCGACGUGGUAGUGACAAGCUGGGAGCCCGCCCCCAAGAAGGCGCGACCAGUGGCGAGGCGGCCAGCGAAGCGUCCAGCGAAGCGGCUCUCAGCAGAGGCGGAGGAGCGAUCGACGGUGAGGCGGCCACCGACAGGCGCCGAAGAGCGAGAAGCCGAGGCGAAGCGUGCAGCGAAGCGGCCCUCAGCAGAGGCGGAGGAGCGAUCGACUGUGAGGCGACCACCGACAGACGCCGAAGAGCGAGAAGCCGAGGCGAAGCGGCCCUCAGCAGAAGCGGAGGGGCGACCGACGGUGGGGCGGCCACCGGCAGACGCCGAGGAGCGGGAGGCCGAGGAGAAGCGGGUCGCGGAGUGGCGGCGGCGGAUCGCGCUGGAAGCAGCAAAGGAGGCGCUGCGACAGCGGCGGGUCUGGGAGGACGCGCGGGCGCUGGCGAAGAGGCUGAAGGCCACGCAGGAAGCGGAGCAGGCGGCCGAGGAGGCCAAGGAAAAGGCCCGGCAGGAGGCGGAGGAGCACCACCGGAAGUGUGUGCUGAAAAAGGUGGCGGCCGAAUUGCAAGAGAGCGAGCGGCGGAGGGCAGAAGAAAAGAGCCGCGAGGAAGAGGCAAGGCGAAGAAGAAGUGGCAGGAGCGACUACGUCGGGGCGGAAGAGGAGGAGGAGGGCCUGUGGCAGCCUUCCCCUACAACGCCGGAGCCCGAAGACCGUGGCCAGGCCGAGCCGGAGGAGGAGGAGGAGCUGUGGCAGCGACGACCACGGACCGAGGAGGAGGCGGGGUUGCCCGAAGGAGGACGGGGGCCCCAAGCCUCGUCCCAGCAACAGCGGCCGGGAGCGGACGCCUCGUGGCAGCAGCAGCAACACCAGUGGCAGGGACCACAAGGCGCGGUGAUCGGGCCGUACGUAACGCAGGAGGUGCGGACGGCGGUGCGGGGAGGAAUGGUGUGGCACCACCAAAUCCUCCACAUCACCUGGGCAUCGGGGCCGGCACCUAGGGAGCCGGAGGCUCCGGAAGAAGCGCGGGUGUUGGAGGAGACGCCAGCCCGACGGAGCAAUGGCCGCGACCCAAGGGGGCGGUCGGCGGCAGCGGAGCCAACAGCGGAACCGGCAGCGGCGAGCGCGACGACAGAGUCGGCGGCCGCAGCGGAGCCCACUGUGGAACCAGCAACGCCGGGCGCGGCGGCAAAGUCGGCGGCGGCAGCGGAUCCAGCAGGGGAACCAGCAACGCAAAACGCGGCGGCGAAGUCGGCGACGGCAGCGGAGCCCACGGGGGAACCGAAGGAGGCCACGGCGGCAGCAGAGCCAGCAGCGGAACCAGCAACGCCGGGCGCGGCGACAAAGUCGGCGGCGGCAGCGGAGCCAGCACUGGAACCAGCAACGCAAAACGCGGCGGCGAAGUCGGCGGCGGCAGCGGAGCCCACGGGGGAACCGAAGGAGGCCACGGCGGCAGCAGAGCCAGCAGCGGAACCAGCAGCGCCAAACGCGACGGCAAAGUCGGCGGCGGCAGCGGAGCCCACGAUGGAACCAGCAGAGGCGACGGCGGCGGCAGAGUCGGCGGCGGCAGAGGAGCCAGCGACGCCAAGCGCGACGGCAGCGGAACCAGCAGCGCCGGGCGCAGCGGCAGAGUCGGCGGCGGCAGAGGCAGCGGAGCCAGCAACGGCGAGCGCAGCGGCAGAGGCGAUGGCGGCAGCGGAGCCAGCGACGGCAAGCGCAGCGACGACGGCAGCGAAGGCGGCAGCGGAGCCAGCCGCGAGCACGGCGGGAGUUUGCUCACCUGAGCCAUGGGAGCGGGGUCCGUGGCAGUGGCCCGCGCCGGAAGCCAGGCGCGCCAAUCCAAGGCCGGAGCGGCAGGUGUCGUGUCCGGAGGAGCGGGAGAGACCGCGGGCGCCCAUGCAGCGCCAGGCGUCGUGGCCGCAGGCACAGCGAGGGGCGGAGGGCCCACGCUGGCGGCCCGUGAGACGGGAGGAGUGGCCAGGGGCGGUGGAGCGCGUCCUGGCUCGAACGCGUUUCACCUCGAGGCGCAUCAAGCGUCUGGUGAACGACGGAGGGGUCCGGUACCGGGUAACGGUGUCCCGGGACCACCAGGAGGUCUACCGAGAAUCUGGGGCUUGGUAA